AUGGGGGCAAUUAAAACAAACAAGGAGAGUCCUCGCGGCUCCGAUCAAAUUGAGAAAAAUAUAAUUGAGCUGGAGGAGAAGCUCAGAAAAGAUACUACACCCCUUUGUCAGCAUCUAUAUUCGGCCGUGAAUACUCUAUCUAUUCAAAAAUUGACUUGGAAAGAUCCUCGAGCAAGCCAAAUUAUUAGUGAUGACUCUAAACUCGUAGAACAAUUGCCAAAAAAUCUAAAAAAGGCAUUUAUGGCCACUAAAAAUGAUGUGUAUAAUUCAUUCGAGAUUCCUUCUGAUUUUUUCGAAUUGGUGAAUAGAGAUAUCAUUGACGGUACCUCGUUAGAAUUGGAUACAAGCUUAUGGGUUUCAUUCGGGAUUACGACAUACAUUGGAUUUUCAAAGUAA